AUGGGUCUGGCGUUCACGAAGAUAUGGCAGCGCCUGAUCGGAAAGCAGGAGAUGCGCAUUUUGAUGGUCGGCUUAGAUGAGAUGCGCAUUUUGAUGGUCGGCUUAGAUGCGGCCGGUAAGACAACCAUCCUCUACAAGCUGAAGUUGGGCGAAGUGGUCACCACGAUUCCAACCAUCGGCUUCAACGUGGAGACUGUGGAGUACAAGAACCUGUCGUUCACGGUGUGGGACGUCGGAGGCCAGGACAAGAUUCGCCCUCUGUGGCGCCACUACUAUCAGGGCACAAACGGCCUGAUCUACGUCGUUGACAGCAACGACCGGGAUCGCAUCGAAGACGCCCGCGAGGAGCUCAACAAGAUGCUGAACGAAGACGAGAUGCGCGAUGCAGUCGUCCUGGUCUUUGCAAACAAGCAGGACCUGCCGAAUGCAAUGACUGCGGCCGAAGUUACCGAGAAGCUCGGACUGCACAACCUGCGCCAUCGUCAAUGGUUCAUCCAGUCCGCCUGCGCCACCACGGGAGACGGUCUGUACGAGGGUCUGGUGGCUGUGCUGAAACUAUGGCUGGUCAGCGUAGUUUUCAAGUUCCGCUGCCUUGUUUCUCACAUUGUUUCUGAUUUAGUAUCAUGUCUCGUGUCCAAAGUGAUCAGGAUUCCAACCAUCGGCUUCAACGUGGAGACUGUGGAGUACAAGAACCUGUCGUUCACGGUGUGGGACGUCGGAGGCCAGGACAAGAUUCGCCCUCUGUGGCGCCACUACUAUCAGGGCACAAACGGCCUGAUCUACGUCGUUGACAGCAACGACAGGGAUCGCAUCGAAGACGCCCGCGAGGAGCUCAACAAGAUGCUGAACGAAGACGAGAUGCGCGAUGCAGUCGUCCUGGUCUUUGCGAACAAGCAGGACCUGCCGAAUGCAAUGACUGCGGCCGAAGUUACCGAGAAGCUCGGACUGCACAACCUGCGCCAUCGUCAAUGGUUCAUCCAGUCCGCCUGCGCCACCACCGGAGACGGUCUGUACGAGGGUCUGGACUGGCUCUCCCGCACGUUGUCCUCAAAGCGAUAA